AUGUCGUUCGCCUCGCGCUUUGGUCAGGCGCUCCAGCGCUCGCUGGACAGACUGCGUAGCGAAACAGCGCGAAUCAUGCGCAUGGAAGUGGAGUCGGCCCAGCACCAUACGAACGCCCAACGGCUGUAUCAAUUCACCACACCGCAAGACUUGACGCAGAUUGCCACAGGCUCCGACUCGGAUAUUGGCGGAUUGUCACGCUGUCACUUUUCGCUGGAAAAGGAGACCAAGCCAGACGGAUCGACGCAUACGUUUGGUCGCUUUUACGGCUCGCUGAGCUCUCAAGUGCCGCGUGGCUCGUCGUUGGAGAAAAGUGGGUAUGCCGCCUUCCGGAACAAGUCGCGGCCCACGCUGUUUAGCACAGAAGCAUGGGAUACGUCGUACCAUCCUUAUCUUGCCCUGCGUGUACGUCGUCGUGUACCUGGUCCUGCCUCUUCGACCUCCGCCACAGAGGCGGCCUCCUCGGAUGUGUCGCUUCGAGCUGCGCUGCAUGCAGGUGAUCAGGCGGGGCCGGCUGUGCCCCGUGCUGUCCAGGCACUGGGUUUGUCGUACGCCGGUAUUCCCGCUCGUGCGCCAGAGCCGCCGCUGUUCUUUGUCAACAUCCAAACGGAUGGGCCUGUGACCACAGACUUGUACCAACAUCGCCUGUUCCUCGAUGAGCAGCAAGGCAAUGCGUGGCAGACCAUCACCAUUCCCCUCGACUCGUUCGUGCUCACCAAUACAGGCGUGGUCUCAGAAUCACAAGUAUCUAUGCUACGUGAAAAGGUGCUCACCGUGGGUAUUAGUGUAUUGAUGGACCCCCCGCUGCUACCACGCGACCAAGAAGUGCCAGAGACGCCGAGCCCUAUACCCAAUGCGCUGCGUCGCGUCGAUACGGCUGGUCCGGCAGCGGUACGAGGCAGCAAGCGUGAUCGUACCCUGUCCUUUGAACUGGACAUUGCAGGUGUAUGGGUCGUCGCCUCGCCCAGCGAUGCACAGGCCUUGAAAGAGGGUAUGUAG